GGCGCCCCCUCCCCAGCCCGGCGCGCGCACGCCGGCCCUGCGGGGCUGGCCGCCCAGCCCGCGCGGAGCGGCCGCGGACCCGAGGCGCGCGGCGACGCGGAGCCCCCGGCCCGGCGCACGCGGAAGUGCUCAGCUCUGAAGAGGCUUUGGAAAGUAGAGAAGAAAAUCCAGUCUGCUUUUUGGGGGACAUUGGACAGCCGAAUAAAUGCAGUAUCUAAAUAUAAAAGAGGACUGCAAUGCCAUGGCUUUCUGUGCUAAAAUGAGAAGCUCCAAGAAGACGGAGGUGAACCAGGAGGCCCCGGAACCAGGGCUGGAGGUGCUCUUCUAUCUGUCAGAUAGGGAGCCCCUCCGGCUGGGCCGCGGGGAGUACACGGCUGAGGAGCUGUGCAUCAGGGCCGCGCAGGAGUGCUGCAUCUCUCCUCUGUGUCACAACCUCUUUGCCCUGUAUGACGAGAACACCAGGCUCUGGUCUGCUCCCAACCGCACCAUCACGGUGGACGACAAGACGUGCCUCCGGCUCCAUUACCGGAUGAGGUUCUAUUUCACCAACUGGCAUGGGACCAACGAUAAUGAGCAGUCUGUAUGGCGCCAUUCUCCAAAGAAGCAGAAAAAUGGCUACGAUAAAAAGAAAGUUACAGAUGCAACCCCUCUCCUCGACGCCAGCUCACUGGAGUAUCUGUUUGCUCAGGGACAGUAUGAUUUGGUCAAAUGCCUGGCUCCCAUUCGAGACCCCAAGACUGAGCAGGAUGGGCACGACAUUGAGAAUGAGUGCCUGGGAAUGGCUGUCCUGGCCAUCUCGCACUAUGCCAUGAUGAAGAAGAUGCAGUUGCCAGAGCUUCCCAAGGACAUCAGCUACAAGCGAUAUAUUCCAGAAACAUUGAAUAAGUCCAUCAGACAGAGGAACCUUCUCACCAGGAUGCGGAUAAAUAAUGUUUUCAAGGAUUUCCUAAAGGAAUUUAACAACAAGACCAUUUGUGACAGCAGCGUGUCCAUGCACGACCUGAAGGUGAAGUACCUGGCCACCUUGGAAACUUUGACAAAACAUUAUGGUGCUGAAAUAUUUGAGACUUCCGAGUUACUGAUUUCAUCAGAAAAUGAGAUGAAUCGAUUUCAUCUGAAUGACAGUGGAAACAUUCUCUACUAUGAAGUGAUGGUGACUGGAAAUCUUGGAAUCCAGUGGAGGCAGAAACCAAAUGUUGUUCCUGUUGAAAAGGAAAAAAAUAAACUGAAACGGAAAAAACUGGAAAAUAAAUACAAGAAGGAUGAGGAGAAAAACAAAAUCCGGGAAGAGUGGAACAAUUUUUCUUACUUCCCUGAAAUUACUCACGUUGUAAUCAAGGAGUCUGUGGUCAGCAUUAAUAAACAAGACAACAAAAAAAUGGAACUGAAGCUCUCUUCCCACGAGGAGGCCUUGUCCUUUGUGUCCCUGGUAGAUGGCUACUUUCGGCUCACAGCAGACGCCCAUCAUUACCUCUGCACCGACGUGGCUCCCCCGUUGAUCGUCCACAACAUACAGAAUGGCUGUCACGGUCCAAUCUGCACAGAAUAUGCCAUCAAUAAACUGCGGCAAGAAGGAGGCGAGGAGGGGAUGUACGUGCUGCGCUGGAGCUGUACCGACUUUGACAACAUCCUCAUGACCGUCACCUGCUUUGAAAAGUCUGAGGUGCUGGGUGGCCAGAAACAGUUCAAGAACUUUCAGAUCGAGGUGCAGAAGGGCUGCUACAGCCUGCACGGCUCGGACCGCAGCUUCCCCAGCCUCGGGGACCUCAUGAGCCACCUCAAGAAGCAGAUCCUGCGCACGGACAACAUCAGCUUUGUGCUGAAGCGCUGCUGCCAGCCUAAGCCCCGAGAAAUCUCCAAUCUGCUGGUGGCUACUAAGAAAGCCCAGGAGUGGCAGCCUGUCUACCCUAUGAGCCAGCUGAGUUUCGAUCGGAUCCUCAAGAAGGAUAUUGUGCAAGGUGAGCACCUUGGCAGAGGCACGCGGACGCACAUCUACUCUGGGACCCUAGUGGACUACAGGGAUGACGAAGGAACCCCGGAAGAGAAGCGAAUAAAAGUGAUCCUCAAAGUCUUGGAUCCCAGCCACAGGGACAUUUCUCUGGCCUUCUUCGAGGCAGCCAGCAUGAUGAGACAGGUCUCCCACAAACACAUCGUGUACCUCUAUGGCGUCUGUGUCCGAGAUGUGGAGAAUAUCAUGGUGGAAGAGUUUGUAGAGGGAGGGCCCCUGGAUCUCUUCAUGCACCGGAAGAGUGAUGUCCUCACCACACCGUGGAAGUUUAACGUCGCCAAACAGCUGGCCAGUGCCCUGAGUUACUUGGAGGAUAAAGACUUGGUCCAUGGAAACGUGUGCACUAAAAACCUCCUCCUGGCCCGCGAGGGCAUCGACAGUGAGUGCGGCCCGUUCAUCAAGCUCAGUGACCCCGGCAUCCCCAUCACUGUGCUGUCCAGGCAAGAGCGUUUAGAGCGAAUCCCGUGGAUUGCCCCCGAGUGUGUGGAUGACUCCAAGAACCUGAGCGUGGCCGCUGACAAGUGGAGUUUUGGGACCACGCUCUGGGAGAUCUGCUACAACGGCGAGAUCCCCCUGAAGGACAAGACCCUGAUCGAGAAAGAGAGGUUCUAUGAAAGCCGGUGCAGGCCAGUGACACCAUCUUGUAAGGAGCUGGCUGACCUGAUGACCCGCUGCAUGAACUAUGACCCUAAUCAGAGGCCCUUCUUCCGAGCCAUCAUGAGAGACAUCAAUAAGCUGGAGGAGCAGAAUCCAGACAUUGUUUCAGAAAGAAAGCCAGCAGCUGAAGUGGAUCCCACACAUUUUGAAAAGCGGUUCUUAAAAAGGAUCCGUGACUUGGGAGAGGGCCACUUUGGCAAGGUCGAGCUCUGCAGGUAUGACCCUGAGGGCGACAAUACUGGGGAGCAGGUGGCUGUCAAAUCCCUGAAGCCUGAGAGUGGAGGUAACCACAUAGCUGAUCUGAAGAAAGAGAUCGAGAUCCUAAGGAACCUCUACCAUGAAAACAUUGUGAAGUACAAAGGCAUCUGCACAGAAGACGGAGGAAAUGGUAUUAAGCUCAUCAUGGAAUUUCUGCCUUCCGGAAGCCUUAAGGAAUAUCUUCCAAAGAAUAAAAACAAAAUUAACCUCAAACAGCAGUUAAAAUACGCCGUUCAGAUUUGUAAGGGCAUGGACUAUCUGGGUUCUCAGCAGUACGUUCACCGCGACUUAGCAGCAAGAAAUGUCCUCGUUGAGAGUGAGCACCAAGUGAAAAUCGGAGACUUCGGUUUAACCAAAGCCAUCGAGAGGGAUAAAGAGUACUACACGGUCAAGGAUGAUCGGGACAGCCCUGUGUUCUGGUAUGCUCCAGAAUGUUUGAUUCAGUGUAAAUUUUACAUUGCCUCUGACGUCUGGUCUUUUGGAGUGACUCUGCACGAGCUGCUCACCUACUGCGACUCGGACUCCAGUCCCAUGGCGUUGUUCCUGAAAAUGAUAGGCCCCACUCAUGGCCAGAUGACAGUGACGAGGCUUGUGAACACACUGAAAGAGGGGAAGCGCCUGCCUUGUCCACCCCACUGUCCAGAUGAGGUUUAUCAGCUUAUGAGAAAAUGCUGGGAGUUCCAGCCAUCUAGUCGCACCACCUUUCAGAACCUUAUUGAGGGCUUUGAAGCGCUUUUAAAAUAAGCACGAGUAACGUCUGAAUCCCACCGCGUGUCAAGUCCUCCUCCCCCGACAAAUACCCAAACCGUUUAAAACAUUUUUUCUUUAAUGGGAACGUUUGUAUUCUGUCUAAAAGAUACUCGGGUACGUAUCCAUGUACAGGCACACUGUGGUGCUCAAUAUGUGUAAGUACUUCCUCUUUAAAUUUGGCACCAGUAACAGUGACAAAUAAUGACAACCCAGUAUAGCAAGCACUCCUCCUUUGGGAAAGAAUCUCUCUCCAUUUCAUUUGGCUGGUUGACCAUCACAGCUGUGUAUCAGCAUUUCAAAAUGAGGAGCUGACCCAAGUAUGGUCCCAAGGUGAUUGCUGUCUCUCCGCUGCUAGUUGAGCUGAAACAUUUUUCUGGCACAUAAGGAUUGACGGACUUAGCCAGUACUCUAACAGGCCCUCAAAUUUCAAUAUCUAUACAGCGACAGACCCAGCAUUCUUGAAAUAUUAGAUACCAGUUAGUGUGGUAGUGUUUCUCUACAAAGAUGAGUGUGUUCCUGUCACCAGUAGGACUUAAACUUUGAGUUGUUUCUCCAGUGGCUUAGCUCCUGCCCCCUUGGGUGACCAGUGGUACCCAUUUUUGAGAAAAUUGGUCAUACCCAGGGUGACAGCUGUGGAGCAGAUACUUUGCUGCAUGAUGUUAAUUCUUGAGAACUCAGCCUAUGCCCUUGCUUUCCUAAACAGUAUACCUUGAAUCAGAAGUGAUUCCUAGAACCUGGAUGCUAUCAUACAUGCUUUUAAGAACUGUCAGUGUAUAGCCUUUGAUAACUCUAUACCACUUGGGGCAAGCUGUUCCAGCAUUGGUUUUGGAUGCUGUAUGCAACCAAAUCAGAAUACAUACCACAUCCAUUGCACUGUUCUUUCUUAGUUUCAGUACUUACCAUCCAUCUACAAGAUUUUGACCAUCACCCGAUCGCACAAAACUUGAAAAAGACCCAGCUUAGAGGCAACAUGGAGUUCAGGAUCCACUAGACAGUUUUCACUCUGCUUGGAGGUAGCUGGGUAAUCAAAAAUAGCUAAUCUCUGAUUCAAUGUGAACCAUAAGAUCUUUAAGCCCAAGAGUCUGAAAAACUUUGUUAAUGCUGUCUAGCAUUUGUUUGUUGAUGUCAUUACUUUGAGCCUGAAAAAGUUCUGGAUUGAUUCAGUGGCAACAAUAAACUCGCCAUUUAAAUUUGUUCAAUAACCCUCCAUCACCAAGGUAUCUGUCUGUGUCGAACCUGUGGCCACUCUAUAUGCACUUUGUUUACUCUUUAUACAAAUAAAUAUGCUAGAGACUUCA